AUGGGUGUCGCAAGCGAGACCGAAACUGAUGGUCGGUACAAAGCGCUUCGCAAUCUUGAAAGUCAUUCAGACUCGGACACAGAUGUUGAGGACUGGGAGGACGGAGCAGAUACACGACCAAGGCGGAGCAAGAGGAGGAAUUUUUGGCGGAAGAUUAAGCUAUAUCGGUGGAUGCUCGACACAGCGCUGCUGCUUGUCAUCGUAGGGUUCCUGGUGGAGAGGAGAUGGAAACCGAGGAAGGGCCACCUCUACGAGCUGGCAGGAGAUAUGACGGGGUUUUCGCCUACCUUUUCUCAACAGAUCGUCAGCUUCAAGCCGGACCCCAUUUUCGCCCCGGAAAACGCAUCAGACUUCUGGAGUAGAGAGACCCAGAAAGCAUGGCUUGACAUCGUCCCGGAAGGUCUCGGUUACGUUGAAGUCAAAGAGCCUUCCCAGUACUCCAACCUACCGAAGCCGAUCCACGACUACACCAGCCAAGCCGUCUUCACGACGUCGAUGACACACCAGCUACACUGCUUGUACACGAUCUUAGAUGCCUACAACACGGUUCGAGUCUCUGCAGCUCUGGGUUUCCAGAACGAAGUGAAGAUGCCAUGGCACAUCGACCACUGCUUCGACUACAUCAGACAGGCGAUCAUGUGUGCGGGAGAUGUGGCGCUGGAAGGGGCUGCGACGACGUUCCCUGGCGACCCAAUUACUGGCGAGGACCUUGGUGGGAGUGAUGGAUGGGAUGCAAAGCAUGUGUGCAAGGACUACAGUCAAGUGUACGAAUAUCUGGAAAAGCGGACGAUCAAUCACGUGAAGUGGAUCAAAUCGGAGGAAUAA